CUCUCUUAGAAGGAAAAAAAAAUAAAACAUCAAAAAGAAAUCUCAAACCCUCUCCCACUCCUCUCUCUAUUAUUUCUCACCAGCAGAGCAGAGAAGAGAAUUAUUCUUCUUCAUCUCCAUCAUCAACCAUCUCUUCUCCUCUAUCCAUAUGGCUUCUUCUCCUUCACCUUCUAGCUGUAAAAUAAACACUUUUCAUAACCCACCUUUAAAAAUCCAAACUCUGUAAACCUAAAAAAACAGAAAUAAACCUCAUUUUUUUCUUUCUUCCCCUGUCUAUCUAAUGGCAUUUUUCUCUGUUUUCUCAGUUUUCUCUGUUUUGAUUCUAUUGUUGUCUAAUGGUAGAGUGAUUGUUGUUGAUUCAGAACCAAGUGCAGCUGAGAAAAAUGGUUUGCUAAGUUUCUUAAAUCAGACUCCACAUGAGAAUCGUCUGAAAUGGAACGCAUCAGACUCAGUUUGUAACUGGGUAGGUAUUGAAUGCGACUCAUCAAGAUCUUAUGUUUAUUCGCUUCGAUUACCAGGUACUGGUCUUGUUGGUUCGAUUCCACCCAACACAUUAGGUAAUUUGAAUCAGUUAAGAGUUCUAAGUCUGAGAGCAAAUCGUUUAUCUGGUCCGAUUCCGUCUGAUUUUUCUAAUUUGAAGCUGUUAAGAAGUGUUUAUCUACAGAACAAUGUGUUAUCCGGUGAGUUCCCGGUGAGUUUAACUGCAUCGAAUCGGCUGAAUCGUUUAGUUCUUUCCUCAAAUAAUUUCACUGGGAAAAUUCCUUUCGCUGUUAAUAAUCUUACUCAUUUAUCUGUUCUUGAUCUUGAUAACAAUGGUUUUUCGGGUACUUUGCCAAGCAUUGAUAUUGCCGGUUUACAAGGGUUCAAUGUCUCAAACAACAAAUUAAACGGUUCUAUUCCUGAAACUCUAGAAAAAUUCCCAGCUUCCUCAUUUUCAGGCAAUUUGGAUCUCUGUGGAGGUCCAUUAAAAAAAUGUCAACCAUUUUUCCAAGCUCCAUCUCCAUCUCCAGAAGGUGAACCCUCUGAUAAAUCUCCGUCAAAGAAAUCUAAAAAGCUCAGUAAAGCAGCAAUUAUCGCAAUUUCUGUUGUGUGUGGGUUAAUUCUACUAGCCCUACUAGCAUUCCUUCUUCUCUGCUGUUUGCGGAAACGAAAGAAAAAUGCAGCAACAACACGAGCAGCAAAACCACCAGUGGUACCAAGAUCAGCAGUACCAGUGACAGAAACAGGAACAACAUCAUCAUCGAAAGAUGAAAUUGUUGGAGCAUCAUCAGCAGAUGCAGCUGGCAGGAACAAGCUGGUGUUUUUAGAUGGUGGGGUUUACAGUUUUGAUUUGGAAGAUUUGUUGAGAGCUUCAGCUGAAGUAUUAGGCAAAGGAAGUGUUGGGACUUCAUAUAAAGCUGUUUUAGAAGAAGGAACAACUGUGGUUGUCAAGAGAUUGAAAGAUGUUGUUGUGUCUAAGAAGGAAUUUGAAGCCCAAAUGGAUGUUCUUGGGAAAGUUAAGCAUGACAAUAUUGUUCCACUGAGAGCUUAUUAUUUCUCUAAAGAUGAGAAAUUGCUUGUCCAGGAUUUCAUGGCUGCUGGUAGUUUAUCUGCACUUUUACACGGGAGUAGAGGUUCAGGACGGACACCAUUAGAUUGGGGCCACAGGAUGAAGAUAGCCUUAGGUACAGCAAGAGGGUUAUCACAUCUACACGUAUCAGGAAAGGUACCCCAUGGAAAUAUCAAGUCAUCGAAUAUCCUGUUACGUUCACCGGAGCACGAAGCCGGCAUUUCCGAUUACGGUCUAAACCCAUUGUUCGGAACAGCAACACCACCAAACCGUAUAGCAGGAUACCGCGCACCGGAAGUAGUAGAAACAAGAAAAGUGACAUUCAAAUCCGACGUGUAUAGUUUCGGUGUGUUGCUACUGGAAUUACUAACAGGGAAGGCGCCAAACCAAGCUUCAUUAGGCGAAGAAGGUAUUGAUUUGCCAAGAUGGGUGCAGUCAGUUGUAAGAGAAGAAUGGACGGCUGAAGUGUUUGAUGUUGAGUUGAUGAGAUAUCAUAAUAUCGAGGAGGAAAUGGUGCAGUUGUUGCAGAUUGCAAUGGCUUGUGUGUCGACGGUGCCGGAUUCUAGACCUGGGAUUGGUGAAGUGUUGAGAAUGAUGGAAGAUAUGAAUAGUACUAGUAGUAGUAGAGGUGGUGAGACGGAUGAUGGUGGGUUGAGACAGUCUUCUGAUGAGCCUUCUAAGUCUGGUGGUCAUACUCCUCCUGCUGUUGGUUCUAGAACUCCUCCAUCUUCAGUUACACCAUAGUAGAACUACCACUUAAAUUAGAUUUUCUCACCAAAACAAAAAUGGAUUUUUUUUUUUUUUUUAGUGUUUGAUUUAUUUUGGGUCCAUGAUAAGAAGUUUGUUCAGUAAUUGGCACAGAUAAUUUGUUUCAUAAUUUUAGGCAUUUUUUUUUUGAGGGUUUGUAAUUUGGGUUGUGGUUGGUUGGAGUGGAGGACCCUUUUGUGAUAGUGGUGGUGGUGAAGGAGUUCCAUAAUCUUAAUGGCAUUGGAAGAAAUAUUAUUGGCUUUUUUUCUU